AUGAGGUCCCUGUUCCGAACUCGCAGAGCUCGUUCGGAGUCAGCACCCAGCAGUCCACCCCUUCCUCCCCGUUUACCGCCCAUAGCAGAUCCCGGAUCUCUCGGUCUCCCACGUCCUUCUUCCCCGCCAAGAUCUGGAGUAACGGAUAGACCUCGACCCAUUCCUCGUCGACAUGACGAUCAACAUGUCACAAAUGACCUCGAAGACACUAUGGAAAGUAUUGAACCACCAGCUUAUAUGGAUCCUAUCCCUUCUUACGACCAAGUAAUCCCUCCUUUUUCACAUUCCUGGAGCCCCGUAUCUCCCUUAACAGUCAAUAUACAAAAUCAGUUUGACGACGAUGAAGACGAUGAUGAUCCUCUUACACCACGACCGAGACAAUUUCAAUUUCUAUCCGAGCCAAUACGUAGACAUAGUCUUUCUACAACUAUCCCACAACGGAUAGAGGAAGAAAGAAUAUCACCAUCUACGAUAGAAGAAGUCGAUCCGUUGACUUCAUGUCCAUCAGCUCUUCCCGUGUAUUCCCCUCAUUUGCAUCAAGAUGAAACCCGACUUUUCUCUACUUCUCAUCUUGAUCAAACACAUCCUUCCGCAUUGGCCUUCUCUCAUUCUCUGACAUCUCUCAAUCCUCCUCUCAACAUCCCUCCACCACACCCAACCAUAUCGACCGGGAGCAAACGUCUUCGAGUUCAUUUGACGAGGUCGGCACAGAGAAGUAACUCCAAUGGUACCGGUCCAGUAAUCAUCAAAAUGGGAAGAGGAGGUGUGAUAGAGGGUAAGGUGGAAGUGGGUAAAGGAGUGGAAUAUGGGACGAAAUUGGAAGUUAUAAUCGUCGGAACAGUACAAUCAACUUAUCAUGUCAGAGGACAAUAUUCAAUGAUGGAGACUCUUCUUUUAGCGAGGAAUAUCGUUCAGUUAUAUCCUACGAUGUCUCCUUCACCUCUUUCCGGUCAAACACAGGAGUCAAGCACACAGCCAACGACUGAAACUGAAGUCACCGUAUCAGGGGUGGGGAAUGAUGACCAAGUUCGACAAGAGAGUGUCACUGCUCAAAGAGACCAGGUGAAGAAAGAACAACAAUUUAUUGAACCCGGUUCAACAUACGACUUUUCUUUGACCAUGCCGAGUUCACACUAUCUCGAUGAGAAUGUCGAAUUACCGCCUUCGUGCCAUGUUCUCCAGCUGGGUAUGCACGCAAGUGUGGAAUAUGUUUUCAGAGUUAGGUUGUCUCGUAAAUCUUGGCGAAUGAAGGAAACACUCUCCUUGCCGAUCAUAUACGAACCUCAUUCUUACAUCCAUCCAAGACGAUUGCGUAUUUUAACAUCUGAUGACCCUCUUAAUCCAGGUUGGCGUACGAUCCCUCUUCGUGGUGGUGAUCCCAUUCGUCCAUCUCCAUCUACUUCUUCAUCUUCAACAUCAAACUUAGGAGUUCAAGUAUCUCUUCUCUUACCUUCACCUCCUAUCAUCUUCCUUCAUAGACAACAUGAAUCCCCCCCAAUUCCAUUCCAUCUUCAUUUCCAUUCUUCUCUUUCUGGUCCUUUAGAAAAAUUAGCGGACCCUCGACAAAGUCGUUAUAUAAUUCGAUUAGUACGUGUAUCAAGUAUCCGAGUGGGUGGUGGAGAGAGAGAAAUUAGAAGAACUGAAAUACCUACCAAAGUGCAAUUAUGGAAAGAAGGUGAAGUUGAAGAAGAUAGAGUGGAAUUAGGAUCGAUCAAUGCUGGAGUUUCAGGUAUAAGAGGAUGGAGAAGACAAUCUAAUGUGAUUAGUGAAAGGAGAAGAAUGUUUUGGUCUAGAAGAGGAUCGAAUCGUUCUUCCAUUUCAAAUAAUAUAAAUCCUUCUACAAAUAAUAAUUCAUCUCAAAGUCAUUCAACCACGACGACCGAUAUGGGGAAUACGAGGAUCACAACGGGGGAAUCAGGUUCUUCAAAUAUAUCACAAAUACAACAACAACCUCCUACAAUGUCUACUGGGAUAAAUCCAGAGUCGAUAAAUGAUAAUACCAAUCAUUCAAGGAAUAUCAAUCAAUCGAAUGGAAUAUCAAAUGUUUCAGAAACAAGAACGGAUAUUCAUUUAUUAGGACAAAUCAAAAUAAUAAAUUCUUUUCCUACACCUUAUUCUUUAUAUAAUUUAAAUACGAUACCUAAUCCACUAUUACCAAGUUUCGUUACUCCUGAAAUCGGAGUGAGUUAUGUGGUGGAAAUUGGUAUAGAACCAAAGGAUCAACCGAAGGUAUUGAAUCAUGUUUGGGGAGGAGGUGUUAUGGAAGUUAUCAGGGGUUGA